UGUGUGUGUGUGUGUGUGUGUGUGUAAGAGAGAGCGCGUGUGUGUGUAGAGAGAGAGAGAAGGGCAAGAGCAACAGAAGAAUGAAGGUCGUCCAAGCCCUGGUGCCUUUGAGGCUUUUAGAAGACCACAGCUGAAAGAGCUUACAGUUGCCGAUGGAUGUAAGUGUAUGCUUUAAACAAAUGCCGCGCAUGUCGUGGAGACUGACGAAGACCGUGGAAAAGCUCUAGAUGGCAGAUGCAAGGACAAGGAGAGAGAAAAAUUGUAGUACCUCACUAUGACCAGCAGAGGCCGACACACUUCAGUCUAACAGAGAUCUGGGACAAGAAUAUAGUUGGAUGGAAAGUGGAUGGAUGAACAGAUGGAUGAAUGGAGGUGGUGGACGUACCCUGGAGUGUGGAAGGAGACCGUUGGGAAUAUACACCGGAGACCUUUUUAAACAUCUUGACCUACAAGUAUUGCAUUGCAGCAUUCCUGGUGUUUCUCUUCCAAUAAAACUGUGAAGAAAAUCACGCUUUUGAGCUAAAAAAAAAAAAAAAAAAAUGCCUUGCAUUUUGAACAUCUUGACCUACAAAAAUUGCAUUGCAUUUGGCAGAUGCAAAUAUGUGCGUUCCCUGGAAUCAAACGCAAAACCUAGAGUCUACCUAGUGUUUCUCUACCGAUAAAACUGAAGAAAAUAAUCGCAGUUAAACAAAGAAUGACAUCUCAGAUAGCGCUAGCUGUAACGCUCUCCGUUCUUAUCCUUCUCACAGUCAGUGGGAAUAUUUUGGUUUGUCUGGCUGUAUACUCUACGAGACGCCUGCGUAACGUCACCAACUGCUUCAUCGUCUCGCUAGCAAUUACAGACUUUCUACUGGGUGCCCUCGUGCUGCCAUUUUCCACACUUUACCAAGUUACGGGCGAUUGGCCACUGGGGGCGCACUUCUGCAACAUCUACAUUUCGUUGGAUGUCAUGCUAUGCACUGCCUCCAUACUCAAUCUCUUCGCUAUCAGCUUGGAUCGUUACUUUGCGGUCACCGCUCCGCUGCGCUACCCAAUGCUUCUGCUUCCGUGGCGCGUCGGUGUGAUUUUAGCGACAAUCUGGCUGGUUUCGGUGGGCGUUUCAUUUGUCCCCAUCCACCUGGGCUGGAAUACACGAGACUUGAGCGUGCAAAAUAUUCGAGAGGGCGACCCUGCGCGAGACUGCCGAUUCGAGUUAAAUCCAACGUACGUAUUGGUCGACGCCUUCGCGACAUUUUAUCUCCCCCUGGUGGCCAUGUGCUGGAGCUACCACCGAGUUUUUCUCAUUGCAAGGAUGCAGGCGAAACGAAUCAUUUCUACUCGACGGGGUUCGUCGUCAUCACCAGGGGCGACGAUUCUUGCACUGCGCGAACAUAAAGCCACAGUGACACUUGCGGCGGUGCUGGGUGCAUUCGUGGUGUGCUGGUUCCCAUAUUUCACGUUUUUCACGAUAAUGGGGAUACGCAAUGAAGACAAUCCGCCACGGACGGCGCAGUCGGUGGUGCUUUGGCUAGGAUAUGCAAACUCAGCGCUAAAUCCCGUACUUUACGCCAUGCUCAACAGAGACUUCAGGUCCGCUUACACCAAGCUGCUCUGUGGAGGACGAGGAUGUAAAACACGGACGAGAACACCGAUAUCGGCAAUGGAGGUGGGGCUAAUGAGUACACAAGCCCCUCCUCCACAAAUGGUGGGGCUUCGGCCUAGAGCUUGUGUGCUGCUGCAAGAGAUUGAAAACGGGAAGAGGAUCGAUAGCAACACAACGACUGGUGCUACAGUUACCAUUGUAGCUAAUGGGAAUAAAAGGUAG